GUUUGCUCCGUCAGCGCUCAGUCAAAUUCCUGCACUCACUACUGUGACACUGAAAACUGUCAACUUCACGUCAAGCGGGAUAAGUCGACACAAUGAGUUAAUGAAGUCCUUCAAAGUGAAUGUCUCUCUUCACUCACAGGUAUCAUCGACUAAUUAAAGAGGUGGUUGCUAAGAGAUGACAGCCUGUGACAUUGGUGAAAGCUUCUGAUGUACAGCAGCCUGAAGCUCAGUGGGAUCUCUUUUCUCCACACCUCUGUCUGUACAUCACCCAUCACUCAUGUGACGGACGCAGGAAACACUCUUGUAUCAACAGACUCACAAACACCAUGGAAGCUUUUGCUCGUGCUCCCUGUGCCAGCAACGACGCCACAGCCAGCACUGUGGCCCGAACUGUAUGGCAAAGGCAAGGAGUUGGCACUGAAGAGGGGAAAUGCGAGAAGAACGGGAACAUGGGACAAAACACAAUCCUGGAGAAAACCCAUGACUUCUUCCAGAUGUGUGACAUCGAAAACAAGGGCUUCAUCACCCGGCGUGACAUGCAGAGGCUGAAUGGCGAGCUGCCUCUCAGUGCAGAGGAGCUGGAGAACGUAUUCGAUACCCUUGAUUCUGACAGCAACGGAUACCUUACCCUCAAUGAGUUCUCCUCAGGCUUUUGUGCGUUUUUAUCUGGCCAGAAGGUCUCUGUAGAGCAAGACAUGGCAGACAAGAAACCUGCCAAGUGCCCACCUGAGGUCCUUUACCAGACCCACUGGGAGGAGAGUCUGGAAAAAGAAGAUGAGGAUGAAGAAGAGAAACACUUCAGCAUGCUAAUGGGGAGCCUUGGAGCCAACAACAUAUUUGAAGAUCCAGCAGAGGUGCGCAGUUUAUGGGCCCAGCUGCGCCGCGAUGAACCACAUCUUUUAUCUAAUUUUGAGGACUUCUUGGCCCGAGUGUCAUCCCAAAUCAAAGAGGCUAACCAGGAAAAGAGGGAGAUGGAGAGUGCUCUCAUAAGAAAAGCAGCAACACAUGAUGAUGAGAUCCAACGCCUGUAUGAAGAAAUGGAGCAGCAAAUAAAAAACGAAAAAGACAAAAUUGUGCUACAGGACUAUGAACGUUUUUUGUCACUGAGUCAAGACCUGGAGCUGCAGCUGUCCAGCAAAGAGAAAGAGCUGGAACAACUCUCCCAGAAACAGAGAAGGUUGGAGCGUCAGUGCAACGACCUUCACAGCGAACAACAUGUGACCAAGGUGGAGAACGUGAAGCUGAAGCAGACAAAUGAUGAGUUGGCACAGGAGCUGGAGCACACCAGCCAAGAGCUCAUCUUGGCACAGGAGCAGCUGAGUCUGCUGCAGGAACAGUCGUCAAGGCUCCACGAAGAGAAGGAAAUGGACAUUUACAGACUGACUGAGGGACUUCAGCGAGAGCGAGCAAGCCUCCUCAAACAACUGGACCUGUUGAGGGAAAUGAACAAACAUUUAAGGGAUGAAAGGGACAUUUGUUAUCAGAAUCCAAAGAACUGUAAAACAACACCAAGUAUGAAGCAGAGGCCUUUAUACGGUGUUGUGAAACAAAUGAACACAAAUGUCUUCAAAAGCAGUGGCGAUGAGGAGGAGCUGAUCCCCAGCUCUGUGAGGCAGAACAUAGCCAAUGGGUCGUACCAGCCCUCCUGCCUGGCAGAGAGAAGAGGACAACUCCAGAGAAUUAUCUCCAUCGAAGAAGACCAUCUCCCACACUUGCUCCACAAUGACCGUCAAGUUCAAACCGCUCUUCCAGAGUGCAGUGAAGGAGAGGAAGCCUCCGACAGUGAGGAGAACAUGGACUUGGUGAUGAGUGAUAUUUACCCGUGUUCAAGUGAAAAUGUGGAGGACAGGGAAACACCCACUUCGCCAAGGGUUCAGCCUGUUGGUAAAGAGACGAGUGUCAAUCCGGAGGAAAUCGGUCCCUCCGCUCCCGACCGGCUCUUCAAGAUCGUCUUGGUGGGAAACUCCAACGUAGGAAAGACGUCCCUCCUUCAACGAUUUUGUGAUGACUGUUUUCAUGCUGGCACAUCUGCCACUGUGGGUGUAGACUUCAGUGUUAAGACAAUAACAGUGGACAACAGCCAGGUGGCACUGCAGUUGUGGGAUACAGCAGGACAGGAAAGGUAUCGAAGCAUCACCAAGCAAUUUUUUCGCAAGGUCGAUGGCGUGGUCGUGAUGUAUGACGUUACAUCAGAGCAGAGCUUCACUGCUGUCAGACAGUGGCUGACGAGUGUCAAGGAGGGGGCAGGUGAGGACAUCCCUAUUAUGCUUUUGGGAAACAAGACAGACAAGGACGCCGAGAGACAAGUUCAGAGAGCACUCGGUGAAAGACUUGCCAAGGAAUGCCAGAUGACUUUCUAUGAGUGCAGUGCAUGCUCUGGACACAACGUGGGGGAGUCCAUGGUUCAUUUAGCCAGAGCCCUGAAGGAACAAGAGGACAAAGACAAGGAGAAGACCGUGGAGCUGCUCAGCAGUCCUUUGGAGAAGAAGAGAUCCUGCUGCUAACAGUUAAACAGUAAACGCACACAGUGACACUACCCUACACUGCUAUGAUACACAGUGUAUUCGUAUGUAUGUCCACAGGAAACAUUAUUUAAAAUCUCGGCACAACUGCUUUCCACUUUUCUCUUUUAAUAAUCUGGUUAAACUCGACAACAAAAUACUGUAUAUCCUGUCAUGUGUCACGAAUGUUAUUGCACUUUUAUAGUCAUGUACUAUAUAUGAUUCCUUGGGUAGUAGUUGCAGCUGAAACCCCAAAUGUAUUUUAACUGAGUUAUAGGAAAAUAAUAUUUUUAAUAACAAUGUAGGAAAUGUUCAAAUGUUCCUUUGAGAGUAAAAUAUGAACAAAACAAUAUAUUUUUUGUUAUUUAAAGACUGGUUAAUUGCUCUGAGCGUAACUCAAAUUUUUAUUCCUCCUCCAAAGGCCUUUUAUCUGUCACGUGGGCGUUUUACUUUACAUCUUCAGUCAAUGUUAUGUGUUGCCUAAUGUUUUUUUUAGCCCGUUUUGCUUCUUCAGCUUUUUUUUUUUUAAUUUACAGUUAAAUACUUCAGCAGUCACAUGAACACACUUGUGAUGUGUAGUCUUUGUUCACAUUAUCUCGGAGAGGUGUUCUUCUGUCGGUGGUUUGUGUCACAGUAGAAUCUUGUACCGGUGUCUCAGCUUCCUCACCUGUGGGAAAAUUCACUAUAGCUUAAAUAAACAAAAAAUUACUAUGGCGUUAAAAUGCAAAUCACAAGCUUCAAAAGUAGCAUUUCCUCCCGGGGGUGUUGUGUUUAAUAACAUUAUUUUUGACACUUCAUAUAAAUGUCCAUCAAGUCAUUUUGUGUAAUUGUUGUACAUGAGCAUUGAUUACACAAAAUAUUGAUUUCAUGUCAUGUCAAUCUGCCUCAGUGCCAAGUAUUUUAUGAAAAAAGUGAAAUAGUGUCACUGUACCUGUAAGUUGUUUUGUGUUAUAUGUGUGUCAUAGAAACAUUAUAGUAUGAGAGAGAGAGAGAGAAUGAUAGUAUGUGGUUAAAUAUUCAGAUUUUGCCACUCUCUAUUGCACUAUAGCCACUAAUAGUGCUUCACUACCGCCAGUACCUUGCACAUAAUCUUCAUUACUGUUCGACUGAGUGUGAUGUAAAUAUCGUAAAAACAAAUGAAUAAAUAUUUGUUUAUGUGAGUAUUAAUUAUAUGAAAAACACUUGGUGUUGCAUCCACUUCUUCCUAGUAAAGUAAGUCACACAGAGAAUAGUUUCAACAUUGAUGUUUACUCAGUUUUGAAGUCAAUAGUAUGACUUAUGACAAUAUGUAAAAUGACAUUUAACUGAAAUAAAACAUGUGGAAUUAA